CAACACUGUCGCUCCUCGCCAUUUCUUCUUCCAGUCUAUCGGGGAUUUUUUUCGUGCAGAUUUAAACUAUCCUCACCCUCUCUCCUCCUCCGGCCAAUCAACACCGGCCAAUAUUCGUGACUAGCUUCAAGGGAAAGGGCAAAAAAAAACACAUCCCCUCCGCACGGCUCCCGCCACCAACUACCCACGCACCCUACUCGUUAGGGAAGCAGUGGUGGUCCCUCCUCGACAGACCAGGUCCAGUCGCAUACAAAUCCGGUCAAUCGAUUCACCGCUGCCAUGCCGUCCGCCAGCGCGUCCGGCGUCGACAACGGAGGCUCGGCGAAAUCCCGCGAGCACAACCAGGGGAACCAGGAUCGCAAAUACACGCCCGAUCAGAAGGCCGCCGUGCUCAGGAUCCGAAAAUGCGACACCACGGCCUUUUAUGAGAUCUUGUCGAUAGAGAAGUCCGCGACGGAUGGCGAGAUCAAGAAGGCCUACCGCAAGCAGAGUCUCUUGACGCACCCUGAUAAGAAUGGGUAUGAGGGGGCCGAUGAGGCGUUUAAGUUGGUGGCGCGUGCUUUCCAGGUUCUGUCCGACUCCGACAAGAAAGCCAAGUAUGAUAAGUUUGGCGGCGAUCCCGACAGCAGGUUUACCCCCAGCGCGGGCCCGUCCGGGGGCUCUCCUUUCGGUGGUUUCGGUGGUGGUUUCCCGCGAUCGUCGGCUGGUGGUGCUGGGUUCGAGGACGAGAUCUCGCCCGAAGAGUUGUUCAACCGGUUUUUCAACGGUGGUUUCGGUGGUAUGGGAGGUGGUUUCGCUCCAUUUGGUGGCCCCCAGUUCGUCUUCAACAUGGGAGGCGGUCCCGGUUUCCGAGUGCAUCAGUUUGGUGGUCCCCGUCCGCGCAGAAGGCCCCGCGAAGCCAACGCCCAGUCCGAACCCGCCCCCUCCCCGUGGGCCAUUAUCCAGCAACUCCUGCCGCUGAUCCUCCUCUUCGUCCUCCCUCUCCUCUCCUCGCUCUUUACCGGCUCCUCCACCCCUGCCGGUCCGUCCUACCGAUUUGACCCCGUCCCGCCGCACACGCAGCAUCGGACCACACCCCGGCUCAACCUCCACUACUACGUCAACCCUACCGACGUCGAUGACUACAGCAACCGCAAAUUCCGCCAGUUGGAUCAACGCGUGGAGGUGGACUAUGUCUCCAAACUACGGUACGAAUGCGAGAGCGAGGUGCUAGCGCGGGACCGGAUGAUCCAAGACGCCCAAGGCUGGUUCUUCCCGGAUGUCGAGAAGAUGAAGGAGGCGCGGUCGUUGGAGUUGAAGAGCUGCCGACGGUUAGAUGCGCUCAAGGGGAAAUUCUGAUGAAGGGCCGAGUCUCUUGUGAUACCGUCGCGCCGUUUCGGUGUUAUAAUUAAUGUUCUCCUUUGGGCUUUCCAACUCCCCUAAUGUCUUUCUCUCCUCAUGUGUUUUGUUUUAGAUGAUGUCCAUAUGUGUUUUUUUGACGGCGUCUUGGGUGAACUGGUGGCUUGGCCCCAGGCCAGUCCUUUUGUACAUGGAAUACCAAUUGAGAACCAUUACCGACUUC